CGCACUCCCAUCCCAUCCCAUCCCAUCCCAUCCCAUUGCCGAAUCCACGACUCCUCGCCCUCCGCGACCAACGCCCUUCCGACUCACAAUAUACGCCCGACCCCUUCCGUAACAUCCACACUCAUAUCAAUCUGUCCUGCGCCGACAUCACGAGCAGCUGCCCACGACCGUCACUCGAAAUAGUUCAUCGUCGCACGUAGGAAUGGCAUGCUAGGUGACUCGGGGCCAUUGGUGGCUCGCCAAUGGCGGCCGAUCAUGGGCAGUCGGUCGCUCGCGUGUCUGGCGUGGGUAGAGUAGACCAGUGCUUGCUGCCGAACGGGUCGUGCGCUUUUCGACACCUGAGCGCCGGCGCAACGGCACCGACCUGCGGGUGUAGGAGAUUUUGGCUGGAUACCGGGCACGCGGCGACGGGUGAUGGUGAAAGAGCGUGGUGCUUUUGUGGCCACCACGCCUGCUUCCACGACUUUGCAGGUGGAAGUGCGCAGCAUCAUGCUCAUGCUCAUGCUCAUGCUCAGCUGCUUGCCAAUGGGCCCGCGGGAGGUGCUGAUGCAGAACAGCCGACUCGGCCUCAAAGCCAGCAGAAUGCAUUCAUUGCACCUACGUGGAGCGAACUGAUCCGAGAGCCCGUGAUGCCGUCCUCAGGAGCUGGAGUGCAGAACAACGAGACCACCAAUAGCUCCACGACGGGCCUGGGAAUCCGAAAUGCAUCCCAAACAGACUCUAUCAAUCUCCGGCUUUGGAAUGCGUUGAAUGCCUUCGCGCGACAGCAGGAUGGUAGCCAUGCAAGCUCGAAUCUGCCAUCGACUGCAGUGCCUAGCGUAGCAGAGGGAGAGGGAGCUCCUGCGCGCCAUACGUCUGCACAUGUCCAGCCCAGAGCCAUGGGACCACCUCUCCAUAUUCCUCAUGAUCCUUUCACUGCCAAUCCGAAUGGACAAUAUAGCGCGACUGAAUUGGCUACGCCUAGCGUGCAAUCCCGCACUCCAGACUUUCGAGCGGCGACUGCUCUCCCAUCAAUCGCUCGUCCUAGCACGCCACUGAAUCAGCCCCGACGCGCUCUCUCGAUUGGCGAUGCGGCGCCAACUGCCAGGGAAGAGGCUCCUACAGUGCCGGACGAUGACAACUGUCGAAGGCGGCCCGGAAGGCCACUCAGCGCCGGGCCUUCGCUGUCGAUCCAGGAAAUGUGCAACACUAUUGAGAAUUAUGGACGCCGACUCAGCCUUCUUGAAAACAUCUCUUUCAAUCAUUUGCCAUGUGAUGAGGUACACGACCAGUUCCAACUCAUGGAUGGCCGUGUUCUGGAUCUUGAGCAAUGGCGAGCCGAACAAGAGAACCAUCAUAACCACGACGAUACCGAGGAACAGAUCCAGGCUGCAAACGAUCGACUCGAUGACCUUGAGAAUUGGCGUACUGAGUAUCUUGCUGCGCAGCUAGGAGACCAGUCUGAUUCUCCAGAGGCGUCGAGCAGCAGGCGCAAACGACUCUUGCCGGACGCAAGCUCUUUUGAGUCCGACGGCUCUAUCGACUUGAAUGCUGCCGCGCAUACAGAAGCUAUGGUUCUCGCAGCUAUCGCUGCCAGCGCAGAAACUGGCCCACGCAUCGACGCCCUCGAAUCCAGGCUUUCCGAGCUGGAAGGCGCUGCUUUACCAUCCUUUGCUCGACCGUGGAGUGUACAAAUCGUGCUCCUGCCAUUUGGUCGAAAUCUACCUGGUGUCUGGUUCACGAGCGAGCAAUCAACGCAGCACUCCAUGCGGUCUGCCAUACAUACCUCCGAAGACUGGCCUGCUGCACUUGAAGCUCCCAAGACUUCUUUCAGAUCAGAGGGCGCCGAUGGAGCGUGGACCACCACUUCGAUCGAGGCCUGGGCCAAUUCUACCCAAGAUGAGUGGCUCUCACCCAAGGCAUGUGGCCCGACUGGCACUGUCUUCCAAAGACUUGCGAGUCGCGGCUUCGUUCAUGAUGUGGAGUUCUUCUCGCCAGACGCAGCACAUAUCCUCAGUGUAGUCUCUGAAGCGUUCGAUGGCGUACUUUCAGAUCAAACCAGUGUUCCAGGGGCCAUGCUAGAGAAGUAUCACGGUCUUCGAGAGCGAUUUAUACCUUUGCGAAAGAUCCGCAAGUCGUCUCGUUUACGAUUUCUCGCACCUCCUGAAAUGGUCACUCCAACCGCUUGGACUGCCGAAUUUCUGGAAUCUAGCGUCUUCAUGAAAUCAAAUGGCGAGAGAAGGCUUUACCUCACCAGUCCAGAUGGCUAUUUGCAGCCGCCUCAAUCUGGAUGGAAUUGGCAGACCUUGCGCACCCUCCCAUUAUACGAUGCAGAUGGCGAGCUGCAGGACGCGCAAAAUGCAGGCGGGAUCGUCGAGGCAUGUUGGAGUUAUAACGAUCGUCUCGAUACAGCAAUGAGCUUGCACUCUUCGUUCGAAGGAGCUGGCUCACCUUGGCACCACCGACCGACAAGUCAAGAGCCAGAGCAUGUUGAUCGAGAUGCGGACGAUGCUAUGUCGAGAAAUGCAGUGCCACAGCACCACGACUGUUCAGUUUCGCUUGCAAGUGCUGCCUCAGUACAGAUCAUUGGAUGCAAUACUUUACCCAAGCGGCGUGUCGCUUCUUUUGAAGCUCGCAGCCCUUCCAAAGAACAAGAGGAGCGAGCACAGUACGUGUUCAAGCGGCGCCGCAUCUCAUCUUCACCAGAGCUGGACCGUCGUGGCUAUAAUCUGACACCGCGAUACAGCCGGGAGCCGCCAUCGCCAUUCACGUCUGACGAGAUUGGACCCGGGCGAGGCAGCCAAGCCGCUAGCAGCCGGGCAAGAGGGACUACUCCCUUUGCAUACGCUACUCCUCAUUCUCACUUCGACUCUCGAGGCGGAGACGGCGAAACUGAAGCGGACGACGAUCUGCCUCUUGCGCAGAGCGAAAAUGGUGAUUGGGAAGGGCUCCCAGAUGGACCAACCACAUCGCCUGUUUCUUCCGAGGGCAGUCGCAAUCAAGCGGUGAUUGGGAACAGAAUCGACGAGGAGGGCCCCGAGCAAGACUUCACCGUUGACGAGGGUUGAAUAGAGCAUCGCGAGCGCAGCGCACGCGGGAGGAUCUACAGUAGAAGGCGCAUGGAUCAUGGAAGGCAUUCGGAAUACAGGAAGCCUAUUUGGACGUCGGAGACAGGGCCUAUGUUGAUGGGGCAACAGCAAUAUUUGAACAGCGCAACUCGAUACCGCGCGGCCAUUUGCCAGCGAUGUAGAAUGAUCUCUGGUCAUUGUGGGAUGGGAAUAAUGGAUAGAAUAGCUCUCCAAUCCGAAAACUUGGAAAUAUC